AUGUCCGGACUAUCUCCAACAGCUGCAUCUGCAACUUCAGCAGUGACAUGCAUAUCAUCUGCAUCUACAGAGACACUCAAACCCGAAGAGAGAAUGACAACGAAUGAAGUACAACCAGCAACGACGCAGGGAAAUCCGCCGCCGAAACUGUACAAGAUACACUCAAAUCCUUGGUUCCAAAUACUUCUUAUCAGCGGUAUAUGCUUUUGCUGCCCUGGUAUGUAUAAUGCUUUGACGGGUAUCGGUGGAUCGGGUCAGGUUGAUACUACAGUUGCCGCGAAUGCCACCGUAGCUUUACUCUCGGCCAUGGCAGUAACAUCUCUAUUUAUCGUCGGACCAGUCUUUAACCAGUGUGGGCCUCGUAUAUGCUUGUUGCUCGGUGGUUGGGCGUAUCCGCUUUAUUCUGGUUCUCUUCUGUGUUUCAACAAGAACGGAAAUGGCGCCUUCGUAAUUGUCGCCGGAGCAAUCUUGGGUAUAGGAGCAUCCUUCGUUUGGGUCUCACAAGGCGCUAUCAUGACAACAUACGUCCCUGAACAACAAAAAGGCCGCGCGAUCGCACUUUUCUGGGUGAUAUUCAACCUUGGCGGCGGAGUUGGUUCACUGGCGAGUUUCGGCUUGAAUUACCGUUCGACUACCGGCACGGUCUCGGAUGCGACGUAUAUCUCCCUUCUCGUGGUCAUGGCUAUUGGAUGGCUACUUGGAGUCUUGAUCUGUCCCCCAUCAUCCGUCCGGAGCCACAGCACUGUUGUUGAGUCUCGCCGAAAGUCACCGGCUAAGCUUCUGAAUAUCUGCCUCAUGAUGGUUAGCGAUUGGCGCAUGCUCUGCCUGAUACCGCUUUUCUUUAGCGCCAAUGUCUUUUAUUCAUACCAGCAAAACGAAGUCAACGGCAGCAACUUCAACAUUCGCACGCGGUCACUCAAUGGUGCUUUGUAUUGGCUGGCUCAAAUGGUAGGCGGCCUUGUCAUGGGCGUGCUUCUUGAUUUACCUGGAGUCAGCAGGCCGCAAAGAGCACGUAUAGGUUGGGUGUUCCUUUUCACCACCGGCAUGUGUAUAUGGGGAGGCGGAUAUGCAUUCCAGAAAUGGUCAAGUCAUCGCAUCAACGUGGAGCAUCGCAAACAGGAUAUCGACUUCACAUGGACUUCUAGCUCCGUUGGACCGAUGUUCUUGUAUAUUUUCUAUGGCGCAUACGAUGCUUUUUGGCAAUCGUUCUGUUACUGGCUGAUUGGUGCGCAGUCGAAUUCCGCUACGGUAACAGCGGUUCUUGUGGGUGCGUACAAGGCAUUUCAAAGCGUCGGCGGCGCUAUGGCGUGGCGCAUCAAUGCUCUGGAAGUGUCGCCUACCGUUCAGUUUUUUAUGGAUUGGGGUUUGUGUAUGGGAUCAUUGGUGCUGGUGAUUCCUACUGUGCUGGCAGUCACAUUGACAAGUGCUGAUGAAGAUACGGUAGAUACGGAGGAGAAGGACCAGAGUAGUUCGACGAUGCAGAUUUCAUGA